AUGGAAGCUGACGAUCCUUUCUUUUCCGCCUCAAACGUUGAUAGAGUUGUUUUUUUCCGAAGAUUUUGGUUCUCAAGCAGCCGACAGAGUGUUUCUGCAUGCUGCUUUUUCACAAAAGUCCCGGCACACUUGCCGAAUUAUAUGACAUGGAUUUCAAGCAUGUUGUACUGCGUGCUGCGUCAUCUAGAAGAAACACACAAACGGUGUGGCGGUACGGAGUAA